AUGGAAAAUUGUCUCAGUUACCCUUUAGAAGAAAUAUUCUUUGCUGAUGAAUUAUUAAAAGCUAUUAAGAUAUUACCAAAUGAUAAAUUUGAAAAAUUAUUCAAUGAUUUAGAAAAUAGGAUUAAUAAAACCUAUAAAUAUUUUGAAAAAUAUUUUUGCUUUACAAUUUUAAGAAGAGAUUGGAAUAAAAUGCCUACAGAUAUGGAAUUAAGGUUGGCAAAAGAUUUGGAAAAUAACAUUAAUUGUGGAAACAGUAAUACUUUUGGUUUACAAGAAAUGAUGAAUUUGAAGAAUUUUGCAAUUGAGGGAUUUUUUAACAAAUUAGAUUUGAAUAUAUCAUUAUCCCUUAAACAAUCAAAACUUCAAUUAGCUUCAGGCAAGAUUUUAAAGGAGGAUUUAACUUUGGACCUCAAAGAAAUUCAUACCUAA